AUUGUGUGCCGCUCACCGGGCGGAACGAGGCGAAAGUGGCGUCACACACUAGUUAAACUAGAUUUAUUGCUGAACGAACGAGGCGACGGCAGUGGGAGUGAGCGAGACGGAUUUAGUGGCCAGUUGGGAACAAGUUUUGAGUUUUUUUUUUUCAAAAAAGGCGAUCGUUUUUGGUCGCCUAGUAAUGCUCGAGUUUGAAUAACGAGUGAAGUGUAUGUGUAUCGGAACAAUUUGUGAUAUCGAAGUGAAAAUCAAGAUGGCCGUGUUUCCCGCGCUUUUUGGAUUGCUUAUGGCGUCUUUAGUGACAGGUCAACUUGUUGACAUCACACCCAGAGAAGCGGUGCGCCGGGUUGGAGAUGAACUAAAUGUCCUGUGCAAAGUCAGCUACUCCAUAGAUUCUUGUCGAAUGACAGUUGGAAACACGCCUUAUCGGCUGAUACCAAGCCAGCAAGACGGAGAAGUGGUGUACGCCGGCCAAGGAUUACAGUUUGGCGAAUGCGGUGCUACCAUUAAAAAUAUACGUGAAGACUGGAACGGCAACAUUACAUGCGUAUUGCCUCCGCAAUCUGGCAACAUCGAAGUGCAAGCAACCAUGCGGCUCGUUGUCGCUAGGCCACCUAGUUCUCCACAGCUGCGUUCUCCACAAGAGCCUGCAUUUAGAGAAGGUGAAGAGCUCCGUGCGCAGUGCAUAGUACCUGAUGGCAGACCUGUUGCUAAAAUCACAUGGCUCCUAGACGAGGAACAGAUCCUCCGUGGCAUCCACCAGCCCAUAGUGACAACCGAAGGCGACCUUCAGACCAUCAGUCAGAACAUCACCUUGCCCCUGACAGCCGAUGAAGCUGGCAAAAUGUUGACUUGUAGAGCUGAACACGAAGCUCUUGACCAACCCAGAGAAGCGAAGAGACAACUCGUUAUACAUUAUCCUCCCAAAAGUCUGGAGUCUGGCACUAUAACCAUAUUCGGUCUGAAGUUGGGUUCUGAAGGUCGCCUCAACGUGACAGUACGCGCUAACCCUCCGCCACGUCCUGAAUGGCGUUUUGGUGACACCACGCUCGAACCAUCACACUCCAACGAUAUGGGCACUAUCACCGCCUUAGAGCCUAUACAUUUGGGCAGCGGGUACUACAAUCUUACCCUACUUCUCCCACGCAUCACCAAAGAAGAUGUGGAUAGGAAAUAUUACUUACGUGCAAUCAACGAACUAGGAACUGAAGAUUUCACUGUACUCAUUAGCACCAUGGAUGAGCCAGCUGGCGUAGAACUGGAUACAGGGGCAAUAGUGGGCAUAGUGAUAGCGGCCUUGAUUGCGGUUGCAGCUAUCUCACUCUUGGUGUUCGCUAAGGCUACAGAUCGCUGGUGCUUCGCUGGGAGGUCACACCGGACUGAUAUACCGGACGGGGCUGACUCCGAGGCGCCUCUGCCGCCGCACGAUGACGUCAAGGGCGCGGAGAACCCCACCCACGACCACGGCGAAUACAUCAGCAACGGAGACACGAAACACCCAGAGAAAAAACCGGACACUGCUGUCUAAAUUGUAAGUUGUGCUGUCACUCGGUUGUUCUGAAAGUUACAAUUUGAUCUGAAACUCUGCUUGGAUUGGUUUUAGACAUUAAAAUACUUAAUUAUGAACGUUAAGCAAGCGUCAAACAGACAUUAAUACUUAAAGUCUGAUUAUAUGAUCUGAUAGUUUCGUCCUCCUAUCAACAAUAUUAUCUAUCACC